UAACUCUUCGUUUGCUCCUCCAAUCAGAGCUCACAGCGCACGAUUUCGAACGUCAACGUCCCCGACGGGAAAUACGACACAGAAGCAACUAACACAAAAUAUACAACUUACGCACUAUUCUGUCUACAGUAGCUGUUUAUUCAUCUUAUGAUAGUGGCAAAUAAUUGGGUGAGACGUACGCCGUGUUUUGGUGAAUCUCGCCGUAAUAUGGAGAUAAACGUUAACCGUUGAUCAACUGAUCGACUUCACGCUGCUGUAUUUCGUGGAUGAGAGACUGAUCGCGCGUAGCUCAGCCAUGGUUCGGGAGCGGGUGGUGCAGAAGAAGUCCUUCCAGCAAAGUCUGGACGACAUCAAGGACAAAAUGAAGGAAAAGAGAAACAGGCGUCUCGCCAGCGCUUUAGCUGCCAGCCACGGCCUGUCCAAACUGAAGAACAAACACACAGCUACAGUGAAGCCGUUUGUCCUGAAAAGCGUGCAGGUGAAUAACAAAGCGCUUGCAGUGGCCCUGCAGACAGAGAGGGAGAAGGUACGGCAAGCACAGGGGGUCAUCCUGCAGCUCAAGAAAGAAAGACAAGCGCUCAUCUUUCACCUGCUGAUGCUGAAGAGGACGCUUAAAGAUCGAAAACCUGCUGAAAGUGCCCAGGUUUCUCCUGUUGAGACGAGUCCACCUCAUCCCAUCAGUCCUAAACCCGUACAUGUGGUUGAGACCGAUAUCCCUGAUCAUCUCUCAGCAGAACCACCUUUUACUGCAGAGGCUGUUCCAGGUUGUCGUAGUGACAGACAGGUUUCGUUGCCCCCCACAGUAGGAACAAGGCGAAAGAGACGCUCUGAGGUUGUGAGGAGGCGAAGCUCACGUUUUGACUCUGGCAGGGUUGAGAAAUUUGACACAGUAGAUGUGAAAAGAGAAGAUACUAUUGAUAACAGACAAGAGAUGGGGCUAAACACACCAUUGGAGGAGGUGUGUCAUGAACAAGAAGAGCUUAAUGAGGAACAAGCUGGACAAAAAACAGGGCCGAACUGUGAGUUCGACCUAGAGAUUUCUGAAGUCCCAUCCAUUCAGCACUCGACACCUGAGCCCCCCCAGCGGCCCACCAGACAGCCCAAGAAGAAACCUACCCAAGCUGCUCCCCGCCCCAAACCAGAGAGGGGACGCAAACCAGACCGAGCCCCAUUAAAGAAACCAUGGGAAAACCCCAAACCCCGUGCUCGCUCCAAGAGCCGGGACCGAUCUCAGAGUCGUGUAAAAGGGCCGCUUCUACCUGCCGAUCGCCUUAACUCCUCGUUGGGCGGCAAUGAUACCUUUGACUUCGACUGUGAAGAGGCCAUCCAUCUAACGCCUUUCAAAGCAGGAACCAAAGCUGUGGAGAAACCAUCACCUGAUGCUCCGGAUAAAGAGGACGAGGUCCUGCCCAGUCCUGUUGCCAUGGAAACCAACAACAGCCUCUCAGAAGAUGAACAGGAUGAGGAUGAUUCUCCUUACAUACCAAAGAGGAGAUCCAGAAGAGCUCGGAGUCCACCGCCCAGACGGGCUCGCUCUAAAAGACGGUCCGCUCAAGAGGCCAGAGCAAACCAAGGAAAAGAAAAGCAGGACCAUGUUGAAAUACAGUACACGGAAAAAAGGGGGCCUGAAACUGAAGAAAUUGGCCUGUAUCUCCACGAUGAUCUUGACCCAGGCCUUCUGCUCCCACAUUCACCAGUUUGUGCUCCUCCUGAGAAACCCAGCCAAUCAGAACCAAGCCAAGAGAUCUGCCAAGCGCCACCUUCUGUUGUUUCAGUGGAGUCUCCGAUCCCGAUUACUCCUGGUGGAGAGGCGGAGCUUAUGAUGAUUGACUGCCCAAUAUUUGAAUUUCCAAAGCACCCUUGCAGCUCAUCCGACCAGGAAAAUGAAAUGCCCUUGGUGAAUAGAAGCAGGAGAAAAGGUGGGCUGGUUGUUCGCUCCUUUCUGGGCUUGGGUUUGAGUGAUGUGACAAAUCUCUCCCCCGCAGCCCAUCAGAAGCCCAUGUCUGCUCAGAACACCCCUCAAAGCUCCAGUCGUAAGCGCCGCUGUACGAGUACUGUCAACUACAAGGAGCCCUCGAUCAGCUCGAAACUUCGACGUGGUGACAAAUUUACAGACACGCGUUUCCUGCGUUCCCCCAUCUUCAAACAGAAACCCACUUCCCGUCGGAGUUCAAUUAAAAAGAUGGAAUUAUAUAACGAGUCUUUUGUGGGUUGUCGUUGAAUAUCUGAUGUGACUUAGUAAUAGGCUUUUGUAACAUGAUUCAACUUCAUAGAACUACACUGCUGUCUGUCUAAAUCUUUACUUUUUUUCCCUUCAAUUUUUUAACUGUCUGUUACAUAAUUGAAUAUGAAAUGUUUUAAUCUCAUGACGUCAAUUGUGAAUAUUAAUAAAGUCUGUUGUUUUAA